GACGGCAGCCAAAGGGACGCCCCAGAUGCAAGGUGGGAAGGGGCGUAUGGAGAAGGGACGGCAGCCAAAGGGACGCCCCAGAUGCAAGGUGGGAAGGGGCGUAUGGAGAAGGGACGGCAGCCAAAGGGACGCCCCAGAUGCAAGGUGGGAAGGGGCGUAUGGAGAAGGGACGGCAGCCAAAGGGACGCCCCAGAUGCAAGGUGGGAAGGGGCGUAUGGAGAAGGGACGGCAGCCAAAGGGACGCCCCAGAUGCAAGGUGGGAAGGGGCGUAUGGAGAAGGGACGGCAGCCAAAGGGACGCCCCAGAUGCAAGGUGGGAAGGGGCGUAUGGAGAAGGGACGGCAGCCAAAGGGACGCCCCAGAUGCAAGGUGGGAAGGGGCGUAUGGAGAAGGGACGGCAGCCAAAGGGAUGCCCCAGAUGCAAGGUCGGAAGGGGCGUAUGGAGAAGGGACGGCAGCCAAAGGGACGCCCCAGAUGCAAGGUCCUGGAGCCGCCCAGCCCCUCAGUGCUGGCAUGAAGACCUUCCUCCCAGUGCCGACCUAUGAAGGUGUUACUAUUCCCGAUAAACCCAAGCUCAAGUUUAUCGAUCGGAUCCCAAUCGUGCCGAAGGUGAGACGGGAACCCAAGCACCUGAACGAUAUCCGAGGACCAUCCACCGAAGCCACCGACUUCACCGAGGGUAAUUUUGGUAUCCUGGCCCUGGGUGGCGGCUAUCUUCACUGGGGCCAUUUUGAAAUGAUGCGUCUGACAAUCAACCGUUCCUUGGACAGCAAGAACAUGUUUGCCAUCUGGCGUGUCCCCGGCCCAUACAAGCCCAUCACCCGCAAGGGCAUAGGCCAGCGCAUGGGCGGCGGCAAAGGCGCCAUCGACCACUACGUGACGGCGGUCAGGACUGGCCGCCUCAUCCUGGAGAUCGGGGGCCGCUGCGAGUUUGGUGAGGUGGAACCCUUCCUCAAGCAGGUGGCCCACAAGCUGCCCUUCCAAGCCAAGGCCGUGAGCCGAGAGUCUCUGGCAAAGAUGCGGGAGGAGCAGAGGGAGCGGGAGCUCAACAACCAGAACCCCUGGACCUUCGAGCGCAUCGCUUCAGCCAACAUGCUGGGAAUAAGGAAGGUGCUGAGCCCCUACGACCUGACCCAGAAGGGGCGCUACUGGGGCAAGUUCUUCCUGCCCAACCGUGUCUAAUGCCCCAGCACUUCUGAGCACCCCCAGAUGAACGGAUGGUCUCUGCAAAGCUCUGGGAUGAGGAGAAGCACAGGGUGCAUCAUGCAGAGUUGAAUAAGAGUUGGUUCUACGGAAGUCUUGGCCCCUUUAAAGUGGCUCUGAAACACAGGUCCUUGCCUCAGAACCAGGGACACCUGGAUUCACUCUGUGACCCUGGGCAACACCAAAGUGCUCCAUGCUUUUGGCAGCCAGAAGACAUGGCCUGAAUGGUAAUGGGAGUUUCUUCAGCAAAGAGGAAUCCUUAUCACAGGGGACCUUAAACCUGUAAAUCUUGGAACCUUUUGGAAGUAGGAUGAAUCCUAUAGAAACUCUUCUCAAAGUCAUAUUUUUAUACAGAAAUAUGUUUAUUGAAAUCUAAAAAAGAAAAAUCCAGAGGCCCCAGAUCAACCCCUGCCCUAUUUUCCCUAUUCCUGUGAGAUCUUCCAUUUGGGGGAACUUCCAGUGUGGAAAUUCCCUCCCAUUAUUGAACCUUAAUAAAUUUUCUGUAACUUAUGACUAUAAGAAGGUAUCUGUGACACUGUUAUUGAAACUGAGUUAAUAAAUUUAUUAAGUACCUAUUCUGUGUUAAGUACUGGGGAUGCAAAGAUAGUCUCUGGCCUUACAUAUCCAUGUGUUAGAGGCAAGACUGAAACCUGUGUCACUGUGGCCCUGCCCUCUUGCAUCAAUAAUUGGAAGGAGGUAAGGUCGUAGAGGGAGUGAUAAAGCAAAGGUAAAGGAAUAAAUCAGCAGGAUGGAAAAUAGGAUGAACCAAAGAGAAAUCCUACCUUCCCCACAUCCCCCAACUGUCUUCAGAUUCAUGAGACUCCCAUACACAAACCUUCGGCACAGCCAUCUUUACUCAGUGUGACUUUAUUUGUUAAAUUCACACCCUCGACAACUCUGUAUUUUUGAUAUAGCAACAGAGAGAUUAAUCUGGACCAAGACUUCCUCUGUCCAGGUGAAAUCCCCCACCAGUCCUUCUAGACUCGAUGUCAGUGAGACAAAAGCACUGAGAAGCUUAUAGCAGGUAUCCAUGAUGGUAUCUGACCCCAUGCUCGGCUCCUCCGCUCCUUCCCAUUCACCAAGCUCCUUGUGCACAGGUCUGUAAUGUACACACCCCCCUCUCUGAUUUUCCCUCCCAUCAUUUAGCACAAUGCAAACAGAGUCAGUCACUCUAUUUGUUGACUUGGCCCCCAAUUCUGUGUGUUAUCAGAAAGUGCCUUUCUGCAUGGAGUCAGGGGCUGAGCUAACCCUCUCUUUAUAGUAGAAUUACAUGCAGGACCACCCCCUGUCAGGAGGGGACUGAUGGAGAUGGCACAGAUUGAAGUGCCAUACUUUCAGCAGGGGAAAGUUAAGAUCAUAGACUCAGGGCCCCUGAGAGACCAUUCAGUCUGCUACACUUUUUAUAAUUGAGGAAACAAAAAAAUUAAAUGAUUUGCCUGUGGUUACAUAUCCACUUUUUGACAAAAUUUGAACCCAGGACUCCCUGAGACAAGUCCAGUACUCUAUCCCACUACAUCAGCUCCCUUGAGCCCUCAGUUUAUGCAUGAGUUCUGUUACUUGGAACGAUGACCUUGUUCACAAAAAUGAAUGGAGGCGGCUCCUUAAAGUACCUCCCAGUGUAUCCUUUCAACAUGUAAAUAAUCCUAUCUCAGCGAAUCGCAAUUACCUUGAAGUCCCUGCUCUGUUCUGCAGGACCUUGGAGACAAAAGCGGGAACCAAACACUUUCCAUCAGUGCACACCAAAAUGCUGGCCAGCAGGGAAGUGAUUGGAAGACAAGCUGCAGGGGGAGGUGAAGAACCAGCACCUUCACCUGUCCAUCACCUAAUCGGAUGUUGCCAACUACAGUGCCAAGAGCAUUCCCUGGCUUUGGAUUGGGGAC